CCGGGCACUUGUUGUCGGAUGGUUCUGGGGCGACCAACUUGCGAUACCCAUGGAGAGCCCUCAUCCAGACGAGCGGCCACCAAAGAAGCGCCGUUUCUUCGAGGAAGACUCGUCGCCAGAGCAGUCGCGGUCCAGGUCGAAGCACAAGAAACCACCGCCACAGUCCCUGCCACAAGCUCCUUCGAGACCAGACGAAAGCGAUGGCGGUAAUGAGGCUGCAGAUUUGGGCGGGUUCGAUGUGGCAAUGCUACAGGCUGUUGUUGGCGAGCUUCCAUAUGCGACCCUGCAGAAGCUGAAGGACGUCAGCAGCAGCAAUGUCGAGCGAGCAAUCAACCUGUAUCUCGACGGCUCGUGGGCCUCUGCGUCUCUUCCUGUGCCUGCCCCAAUCUUCCAACCGCGUUCCCAGGCUGUCCAGACGACUAUCGCGAGCUCGUUCAAGCGCACCGAGUCCGAAGGCUCCACUGCAUCCCAAGGCUCCGGCAACUCGACACCCAUGGCGCCGGUACUCAGAGAUAUGCCGUCGAAGCGGUACAUCGGGUCUUUUGGAGUCGUAGGCUGGGCGACGACAAGCGGGACUGGACUGCUCAAGCAUAACGAGAAGGUCACCAUUGAACGCUUCAAGAUGCAGCCGAAAUCCAAGAAGCGCGUCGUCGCUCUCAAGAAGCAGGAUGUUGUCGUCCGCUUCACAAACGAAAGAGGUCAAGAAGUGGGAAGACUUGAAAACGACUCUGCAGCCUGGGUGUCAGCCUUGGUCGACCAAAAGGUCUGCUCGUUUGAAGGGAGCUGCGUGUACGUGCCGGAUAGGAUACGAACAAGCGAUACAAUAUAUUUACAACUCCAUGCGUUUUUCCUGCGCAGCGCUUUCGAUGCCCGGAAGUUUACCAAGCCAGAAGACAACCGGGAAGUGAGCAUAUUCGAGGAAAAGGAGACGUCGGACGAGCGUGAUCUGCGGAUGCGUCAGGUCGGUCUUGUCAAGCUCUUUGAGUCUAUCAACCUGCAUCCGUCACGCCAGAACGAGCACACAGAGAAGCAUAAGCGGCAGGGUCUGUUGCAAGCAGCCGAGAGUGCCGAAAAGAAGGACGAGAAGCCAAAGGUUAAUGGCACAGACGGUACCUCCUCGCCGCCAGGUGAUGAAGCUGAGGAAGGUGCCGAGCUCGAACAAGACCAGCUGGACUCGUUGUACAAGAAAGCGCAAUCUUUUGAUUUCAACACACCCACUAUGGAGCCUGCGAGCACGUUCGUCAUGAAUCUUCGAAAGUACCAGAAACAAGCUCUGCACUGGAUGAUAGGGAAAGAAAAGGACGAAUCGCUUGCUAACAAGGAAGUAUCCAUGCACCCUCUGUGGGAGGAGUAUCAGUGGCCUGGCAAAGAUGCGGACAACAAAGACCUGCCCGUGAUUGAGGGCCAACCUAUGUUCUACGUCAACCCGUACUCCGGCGAACUUUCGCUCGAGUUCCCGAAGCAGGAGCAGAAUUGUCUUGGUGGUAUCUUGGCUGAUGAGAUGGGUCUCGGUAAGACCAUUGAGAUGAUGAGCUUGAUCCACACACACAGGAACCUUCCAGACCAGUAUGAGCAAGGGACUACACCCAAAGUUCUUCCGCGCCUGCAGAAGAGCAGUGCAGCCGUUGAGCCGGCCCCAUACACCACGCUCGUUAUUGCCCCAAUGUCAUUGCUUGCCCAAUGGCACAGCGAAGCUGAAAAGGCAUCCAAGGACGGCACAUUGAAAGCCAUGGUCUACUACGGCGCCGAAAAAGCCGUCAACCUCCAGAAGCUAUGCUGCGCAUCCAAUGGAGCCAACGCUCCGAACGUGAUCAUUACCAGUUACGGCACGGUGCUAUCCGAGUUCAAUCAAGUUGCUGCUCAAGAUGGCAACCGAGGCUCCCACGGCGGUAUCUUCUCGCUGGACUACUUCCGGAUCAUCUUGGACGAAGCGCACUACAUCAAGAACAGGCAGUCGAAGACAGCAAAGGCGUGCUACGAGCUCAGUGCGCGACAUCGAUGGGUACUCACUGGCACGCCCAUCGUCAACCGUCUGGAAGAUUUAUUCAGUCUGGUGCGCUUCCUCAAGGUAGAACCGUGGAGUAACUUCUCGUUCUGGAAGACGUUCAUCACAGUUCCAUUCGAGGCAGGUGAAUUCAUCCGCGCUCUCGAUGUUGUCCAGACUGUGCUGGAGCCGCUGGUCCUGCGUCGAACAAAGGACAUGAAAACGCCUGAUGGAGAGGCCCUGGUGCCUUUGCCGGCGAAGAUCAUCGAUGUCGAGCACAUUGUUUUGUCGCAGGAUGAGCAAGAUGUGUACGAUCACAUCUACCUGCGAGCAAAGAACGUCUUAACGAAGAACGCCGAGUCGGGCAUGCUGCUCAAAAACUACACUACCAUCUUUGCUCAGAUCCUGCGUCUUCGACAGUCAUGUUGUCACCCUGUCUUGACCCGUAAAGCUAAUCUCGUCGCUGACGAGCUGGAGGGCAACAUGGCGUCUGAUCUUGCGAACGGCUUAGCUGACGACAUGGACCUGUCCAGUCUGAUCGAGCGCUUCACAGCCGACAGCGACCAAGACGUCAACAAAUUUGGCGCGCACGUUCUCAAGCAGAUCCAAGACGAAGCCAACGCCGAAUGCCCUCUCUGCUUCGAAGAGCCAAUGGUCGACCAAGCUGUCACUGGCUGCUGGCACUCCGCCUGUAAGAAUUGCCUACUCGAAUACAUCAACCACCAGCGCGACAAAGGCGAAGUCCCGCGCUGCUUCAACUGCCGCGAGCCCAUCAACGCGCGCGACAUUUUCGAAGUCGUCCGCUACUCCCACAUCGUCGACGAACCCACACACGCCUUUACGCCCGACGCACCCCCCGCCACCCAAACCCCCCGCAUCUCCCUGCGCCGCAUCGGCCUCUCCGGCAGCGCCAAAACCCAAGCCCUCCUCUCCCACCUCAAGAAAAACCUCCUCGCCGACCCGUCCGCCAAAACAGUCGUCUUCUCGCAAUUCACCUCCUUCCUCGACCUCAUCGAGCCCGCCCUGGCCCGCGACCACAUCCCGUUCGUGCGCCUCGACGGCUCGAUGCCGCAGAAGGUGCGCGCAAACGUGCUCGCGUCCUUCGCGGCCGCGCACAAACCCACGGUGCUGCUGCUCUCGCUGCGCGCCGGCGGCGUCGGACUCAAUCUGACGUGCGCGCGCUACGUGUUCAUGAUGGAUCCGUGGUGGAGUUUUGCAGUCGAGGCGCAGGCUAUUGACCGCGUGCAUCGGAUGGGUCAGGAGAGCGAGGUCCGGGUGGUGAGGUUCGUGGUGCAGGGCAGUAUUGAGGAGAAGAUGUUAAGGAUUCAGGAGAGGAAGAUGUUCAUGUAAGUUUUCUGUCUGUGAGGGGGGUCUGGGGGUGUGGGAACGUUACUAACGAGGAUAGUGCGAGUUCGCUGGGUAUGAUGA